AUAGUUGUUGGAAAAUAAGAAUCUAAUCUUCAUACUUUCCAAACUACUGAGCAUAGUUACUCGGCAACGUAGCGCGUGGGUUGCAGGGGGCAAAUCUUGCCUCCAUCUCAAGUGCAAUCGUUCGUCAUUCACGCUGGCAUCUUAUCUCAACAAGUGAUAAAAAGAAUGGUAAACUCACCCCACGGAAAGUUCAAUUCCUGUAAUCGAUUCUUUGUCGAAACUGACGAGCACUGGUCGAAUGGAUUAUAUUGAUUCCAAUGUCGCACUGAUCGGUUUGCUGUUACGAUUUACCGCGCGGGAUCUGCGGAAUUCUGACCGACAAUUCAGCCAUUUAACUAACUGUCAGAGAAAAACAACACAAAGUUUGGGUUAUCUUCCUCGCACAGAAAUCCAGAAGUAUUGUCAAAAUCUCUUGAUUUCGAACUUGGUUACUCUUGAACAAUACCCAGCCUUUCCAUUGGGCUUAUCGUUUACACAGACCGCUACCAAGAGUACUAGUAUUAGGGCUCUGGGAAGGAGAACGGUCGUGGAGCAGGAAAAAACGUGGAUUACCCGGAUGUGCUGAAAACUGAGGAUUUUCGCACUCCUGUUUCAAAGUGUAUUGUCUACGUCAGCGUUACUGAAGUCGAUGCUUCCCUCUAAACAAACGUAUUCAACCCCAAAUAGCCUGUUGAAGUCUAAUUACCCUAUUGUUUUCAGAAGGUUUCUCCUUCACUUCUCGAGAGAUUUAACUCCUGGCAAUCGAGCAGAAUUUAAAUUUUGGUGCAAAGGACAAAUUCCGGGUUCGAAGCUAGACAUCAACCCAGAGAACGAUGAAGAUUUUCUGGGUUUGAUCGAGUUUCUUCUGGAAUUCAAUGCAGUUUCCCUCACAAACUUGUCUCUACUUGAAGAAUUUCUCAUAACCGUCGGCAGUCACGAUUUGCUGCAAUCUUUGAAACAAGUCGAGCUGCAAAUCUCGCUAAGUGGUAUACUUGAAGGUUACAUAAAGUCGGUGAUACACCUCCGCCAUGGCACGCCUGUGAAACUUGCCCGUGACCAAGCAAGCGUCUCAAAGUUUUUGCUGGCGAUUAAAGAAAUAAAUAAGGAACUGAUUUCUCCAGUGUUGAACCGCCAACUUGAGCAAGUAGAAGACGACAGUGUUGUUCUGCAGGUCAUCAAGAGCCCUCUUCUAAAGACUUCGUCGCUGUCGUGGUCCAAGUUCACGUCCUAUUUGGUGUUCAUUGGUGAGUUCUACGCUUCGUUUAGUUGGCCACGUAACCAGAUACCCGAUGUCGUAGCGGAUGGUCACUUCAGGAGUCUCUUUUCAGACACCAAGACCUGCGAACUACUUACGGAAUGGAUGCUUAAAAACGGAGGUCUGGAAGCAUUUCAAGAAUUCAUCAAAGAAAAACAACAAACCACUAUCAGUGAGUCCGUAUCAUCGUCCAAUGGAGAAUGUUUAAAAGAAAUCAUCGAGCGGCUUGGAAAUCGUAUCGACUUACAAUGAAGGAAUUUCAUAAAGGAAAUAUGAAAUGAUGAACAUAUAAAUGUUUCAUAUGGUAAAUCAGCAUUGACGUAAUACCCCUAAAGAGAAAAUAACU